AGGCGGGGUUGGCUUAUCCUGUGUACUGAGGGAUAUCUGUGGACAUUUCUCGUCGAGGGUGUUACGUGGUUGAGUAAGGCUAUUCAUAUACCUACCUAGUCCUAGGAACGGUCUCGCCUAGUAAGGCGAAAAGUAGAUCCUAAUUCUGCGUUUUCCUUCCCCUGGCGGGUUCCUCGGGCGAAGAAAGAGAUUUCACCUUUCUACGAACUUACUGAGUAUCGUUGCCAUGACAAGCCUAGGUGCGGUGUUGGAGUCGUCGUGGCGAGUGACGGUGGGCUUCGCGGCCCUGACAGGCGCGUGCUUUCACCAAACGAUUCGCCCAUUUGAGGUCGACAACUACGGAUGGGGAUUGGUGCUAGCCUACCUGGGUCUGGUCGGGUCUCUCUUCAUGAGCUACAUGAUAUCGACCAGCUUCAGUGUCACAAAGGGAAUCUUGCAUACCUGGGCGGCUGGUGCGGCUUUCCUAGGAGGCUUCUACGGUAGCAUGCUACUAUACCGGGCCUUCUUCCACCCCCUGAGAAAAUUCCCAGGGCCGGCAGCCGCGCGACUGUCGAAUGCUUAUCAUUUUACUAUAGCCGCACGUACGAACAUGCAAUACCAUCUACACCUCCAGAAGUUGCACCAGCGCUAUGGUGACUUCGUGCGUACCGGCCCACGGGAACUCUCCGUGAUUCGGGAAUCGGCCAUCAACCUUCUCUAUAGCUCGUCAUCCGUCUGCAAGAAGGCUACAUGGUACGAUCAGAACUCGGGGGAUCCCGACGCGGUCUCCGUCCAGAGCGUCCGCGAUAAGGAGAAGCAUAGGCUACGAAGAAGGGCUUGGGAUAGAGGGCUUGGAUUUCGAGCCCUGGGUACGUAUAAAACCCGCUUGAAAGCUAAGGUGGACCUUCUCCUGUCGCGUAUAGGAACAGGCAAGCCGGUUGACAUGACCGAAUACGGCAUGUUUUAUUCUUUCGAUGUCAUGGGAGAUAUAGGAUUCUCGAAAGACUUUCAAAUGUUACUGACCGGCGAAGAGCACCCUGCCGUUGCCGGGUUGCACGAGGCUUUGGAUAUUGCAGGACUCUUUACUACCAUACCGUGGCUGAUGAACAUGCUGAGGGUAGUCCCCGGUGCCACCGGGAAAUUCGACAAGUUCGCGAGAUGGUGUCGCGAGGAACUUAACCUCAAACGAAGGUCGUUGGAUUCAGCGAUAUCCGCCGAUAAGGAUUACGAACCUCACGACGUGAUGUCUUGGCUUAUCAAGGCGCAGCGUGACCACACAGGUGCCCCGACCGAGGCUGCGAUGCAAGAGGACUCUCGCAUCCUCGUCAUGGCCGGAAGCGACACUGUUGCAAGUGCAUUUACAAAUGCGCUUUAUUAUUUGGCUAAGAACCCCCGUGUCUAUGAAAUCAUCCAACAUCUCAUGGAAACUGAAUUCCCCGGGGGCUACGAGGAGUGGACUUACGACAGGGCCAAGGCAGUCCCGUAUCUGGACUACAUAAUCCACGAGACUUUACGCCUUCGGCCCCCCACUCCGAUCGGUUUCUUGCGGCAGACACCCCCGGAAGGUCUCCAAAUCGAUGAGGUGUUCGUACCCGGGGACACCGUCAUCUCGGUGCCUACCUGGGCAGUCCAGCGGGAUCCUCGCUAUUUCGAGAAGGCAGACGAAUUCGUGCCCGAGAGAUGGGAGAAGCUUUCGCCCGACAAGAGCGCGUACAUUUCUUUCCAGCGAGGCCCGUACGCCUGCGUCGGCAAGCAGCUAGCUAUGAUGCAGCUUCGCAUCCUAAUAAGUUGCAUCGCGCUCCGAUACCACAUCGUGUUCGCGCCGGGAGAAGAUGGGGUCGCGUUCGCGACCGGGGAAAAGGAGAAGAUGACCCUCUGGGUCCCCCCGCUGCAUAUUGUCUUCACUCCAAAAUAAGCCACCUGGGUCAAGAGGAGACAGACUGCCAUUCUCGCAGACCGGGGGGGCUAGAACACCGCUCUGGUGCGAGCGAAUGCACGGGAACGGUAGCGUGAGGACCCCGCGCCUUGAGAGAGCUGGGUUAGAUAAUACGGUCAUUCCAACCUAUGAACUUAUAUCAUGAUCUCCUCAUUUGCCAUUUUAGGCGCUUCCACACACGAGUACGCCCGUUCAGAUAACGGCGGUAAAAUAGCCACAUCACCGAUGCGUACGUAUAUAUACCCAAGACACCAUCAAUACGAGUCGAUGUGCAUGACACCUCCUGCAAGCACG